AUGUCCAACGUCAAUACCAGGGCAGUCUUCUUCAAGCAACAUGUUACUAGAGGGGUCCUAGAGCCCGAGCUAGGGCCUCUUGUAGAAAAGAAGAGCCUCCUGGUCGAUGCCAUCUGGAUCACCAACGAUUUAUUUAGUUCUGCCUCUGAUACUGAGAGCCGUACUGGCGUGACAUUGGCCUUGCGGCUGCAGAAAUCACAAGGGGCCGAUUUUUGCCCCAGGGACCCGUCUUUCGCCAGCCAGGGCGAACCACCUUCCAGCAAACCUCAUGGCGUCCUGCUGCUCCGCAGCCGGUUUGCACAGAGCCCGCAGCCCUCAGCUUCGCCUGGGAGCAUCUGGUCUGCCCAGUGCCCCUCUCAGGUGUUUUUGCUGGUGGCAUCGACGUUUUCCCGCUCCAUGCAGACAGAGCUCUUCAGCCAGCUUCCCGGCACCUGCUCACGGGAGGCUUCGGCCAAAGGGCACUUUGUGCUCGUCCUUUGCGAGACGGGCACUGGGCUAAUAGGAUCUUUCCCUAAUCCAAUGCAGCCAUUCUUCGAUUUCCAGGGCUGCAGCCGCCUUCGACAUAUUCAGAGUAUCCUGACACAGAGCAGCAAGUCUCAACCUGACGGAAUCCUUUGCAUUUUAGGAAUUGAUAGUCGAUACAAUGAAGGUUGCAGGGAACUGGCAAACUAUCUGCUUUUUGGCUUGUAUAACCAGAGUAACAACGACUUUGAGAGAACUGGAUUCCCUGAAGAAGUUCUUGAUGAUAUAAUCAUAUUAAUAAAACCUGACAGUGUUCAUCUAUACUGUAACCCUGUGAAUUACAGUCAUCUUUUGCCAUAUGUGGCCUAUUGGAGGAACUUGCAUUUUCACUGUCUAACUGAAAAUGAGUAUGAAGAUGAAGAAGCUGCUGAGGAAUUCAAAAUUUCCAGCUUUGUAGACAUGGUUCGAGACUGUAGUCGAAUUGGUAUUCCAUACAGCUGCCAAGGUCAUCUACAGAUAUUUGAUAUGUUCAUUGUUGAAAAGUGGCCAAUAGUGCAGGCUUUUGCACUGGAAGGAAUUGGGGGUGAUGGCUUCUUUACAAUGAAAUAUGAAUUAAUGGAUGUCAGUGUUGACCUGUGGAAAACAUACAGCAGAAUGGAUCCUGUUUCCUUGGAGGACUUGCUCUUUGAGGAUUUAAUGACUUUUGAACGCCAGUGGACCAGCUUUUUUGCUAAUUUUGAUACUGAAAUACCUUUCAUUCUGGAGCUGUCAGAAUCUCAGGCAGGGGAGCCUUUCAGAAGUUAUUUCAGUCAUGGGAUGAUCUCAAGCCAUAUAACAGAUAACAGCCCUAGCCGGCAGCCUUUUGUUCUGUUUGGUAGCCACUCAACUAAAGAAAACUUGAACACCGGUAACUUUAAUUUUCCAUCGGAAGGACAUCUGGUUCGAAACACUGGCCUUGGUGGAAGCACUGCUAAGCAUAUGGUAGCGCAGUGUGUAUCUCCAAAGGGACCUCUGGCUUGUUCAAGGACCUAUUUCUUUGGAACCACUCACAUUCCUUUCCUGGGAAAUGACAAGGAGGUGCACAGGAAAGCUGAGCAAGUUAUGCUGUUGUCGCAAAUAUAUACUGCUGUUGUAGAGGCUGUGCUUGCUGGCAUUGAGUGCUAUGCUAAAACUUCCACUGAAUCCAAGGCAAAGGAGGUAGCAGAGCAGGUGUUUAUGUCUGUGUUAGAUACCCUUCAUUUAACACAACUCAAAACUGCAUUACGCUCCAAAAUCUCUUUUCAAAUUCAGGCUUUGAAUAAUCAUGGAAGAAUCACUCCAUUAGAUAAUGAGGAUAGCCUGAAUUUGGUUAAAACGGCAUCUAUGACAGUAUUUGACAUUCCAGACUUGCUCACAGGAAGAGGACACUGGGGAUCUGUAGUCUUUUCGGAAUCCUUUCUAACUUCACAGAUACAUGUAAAAGAAAAAGAUGGCAGUAUUAAUUCAGAAACCAGCCACAUAAUAUUGACUGCAGCUAUUCCAAGAUACGCAUCUUGGCUGGUUGAAGACAGUGAUGUGAAACUAUCUGAAAAGGCACAACAUGUAUUGAAGGAAGAUAAAUCUUUUCUGGGCACUUUACUCACUGGAGGUGAUGGAGCAUACAUUUAUUCUAGCAAUCCACAGGCCAUGCCUGCGGAAGGCAAAUUGUACUUCUUUUCAGAUGGCAUUCUCUUUUCUCAUCCUCACCAUGGCAGCAUUUCCAUUUCAAAAAACCAUAUGAAUUCCAUUUCUUUCUACGAUGGGGAUUCAACCAGUAUUGUUGCUGCUAUCUUUAUAGACUUCAAAAGUUCCUUGCUUGAUCAUUUACCCAUUGAAUUCCAUACCCAAGGAAACUUUCUGAUGAUUGCACUUUUCCCCAAAACAAAGAUUUAUAAAGCCUUUUAUUCACAGGUUUUCUCCUCGUGGCAAAACCAGACCAGCUCAGGAUUAAGUUUAAAGGUUGUCCAGGAAGAAUUCCUGUCUGUGGAACAAAAGAGGCUACACUCCUGCGUUCAGAAGCUAUUUAACGUCUUGUCUUUUCCUUCUGGAGAGAGAUGCAGCCAGCUGAAACUAUCGGCUACCCUCCCAGAGUUAGAAAGGUUUCUGCAACACUUUACGGUCAGCAGCGUCAGUCGUGAGCCAAUAAUGAGAGCGCAUCUUCCUAUUUUAUUGCAACAGUCGGAAAUCAUUCCUGAAAAAGCAGAAAGUGAUAAGGUGGUCAUCACCAUUAUAACAGGCCUUCCAGGAUGUCGCUGCAGCGAUCUGUGCACUUUUCUCAUCACUUUUAACAAGGAACGUGGAAGGUGGCUUGUUUAUCGACAAACUAUGGAUAGUCCUGAAUGUUUCAGUGCAGCCCACUUCCAGCGUUACCUCUCUAGUGUCCUGGAAGCUCAGCAAAACCAAAGUGUCCGUCAGUCCACUUACACUAGAAAGAACAAGCGACUCUUAGUGGUCUUGCAAGGAUAUACUGAUAUUAUUGAUGUUGUACAGGCUCUGCAAACUCAUCCGGACCCACAUGUGAAGUCGUCUUUCAUCAUUGGAGCAAUUAAUACUUGUGUAGAGCCAUUGAGUUGCUAUAUGGAACACAGACUACUUUUUCCCAAGUUCUUGGACCAGUGUUCACAAGGACUAGUGAGUAAUGUCAUCUUCACAAGUCACGCUACUGAGCAGAAGCAUCCACUCCUUGUGCAACUGCAAAGCCUUAUCCGAGCAGCAAAUCCUGCUGUUUCAUUCAUCUUGGCAGAAAAUGGAGUUGUAACUAGGAAUGAGGAUAUUGAAUUAAUUCUCUCAGAAAGCAGUUUUUCAAAUCCUCAGAUGAUGAAAGCUCGAUACUUAAUGUAUCCUGGCUGGUAUGAAGGCAAAUUUGGAGCUGGGUCUGUCUUUCCGCCAAUGGUUCAGAUCUGUGUAUGGUUUAAUCGUCCUCUAGAAAAAACACGAUUUGUGACCAAAUGUAAAGCGAUUAAGUCAUUGCUCAAACCAAGUCCUUUUUCUGGAAACAUAUAUCACAUCAUGGGAAAAGUUAAAUUUUCAGAUUCUGAUAAAGUGAUUGAAGUCUGUCACAAUACAUCAUCUAAUUCGCUAAGCCUUGUGCCUGUUCAGGAGGGGCCAACUCCUCCUGAUUCAAGAAAUGAUAACAGAGAUUGCAGCAGUCAGCAGGAGUGCUUCCUUGUGUUCGUUGGCUGCUCUCUUAAGGAGGAGGAUAUAAAAGACUGGCUCAGAGAAACUGCAAAACAGAAACCUCAGAGGAAAGCCCUGAAAACCAGAGGAAUGCUAACCCUUCAGGAAAUAAAAAACAUUCAUGUGAAGCGCCACUUGGAUCCACUUCCAGCUGGUUAUUUUUACAAUGGGACUCAAUUUGUGAAUUUUUUUGGUGACAAAAUGGAUUACCAUCCGUUAAUGGACCAAUUCAUGAAUGAUUAUUUGGAAGAGGCCAACAGAGAAAUAGAGAAGUUCAACAGAGAACUAGAAGAACAAGAGUAUCAUGAUCUCUUUGAGCAGAAGACAUAAGCGUGUGCAUUCUGUGGAUUUCUGAACCACCUACUGUCAGUAACCAAAAAUGCUGUUGUCCUUGCUGGUUAACUAAAAAAUAAGUGAAAUGUCAGUUUUCAGCGCUCCUUUUAAAACAAAGAGGUCAUUCCUGUAAGGUUGGCAUUUUUAUCUGGUAACUGCUUAGCUGUUUGUACUGUGAGGUUUGCUUCCACUUCACCUUAAUUCCAGAUUGUAAAAAGCAUCACCUGGAAUCUCUGGCUAGUAGUGGAAAUGUAUUUAGAAGAAGAAGAAGAAGAAAAGAAGCAAAACUAUAUUUUCUAGUGGAUCGGAAUGUAAUUAUGGAAUUGGUCUGUCAUGCAGAUAAUCAAACCCGUUCACUCUCUUGAUGUCCCUUGAAACUUGUUGCACUGGAGCAUUAAUCAGCAGUGGUGUACUGCAGUAUGUAGGAUUGGGGGAUGUUCCUAAAGCGAGAAAUGGGGGAACAUUUUAAAAACUCUAAAGAGAGUGCCUAAUCCUACUCCUGUUAGGGUGUUCCUAAAGCGAGAAAUGGGGGAACACUUAGCACCUCUGCCUUUUUUUCCAAGGGGACAGCGUGUCUCAAAAACCUCUGCACUGUUUGAAUCUGCGGUCAAAAUUUUCAUUUUUUUUUUCUUUCUUUCUGAAAAGACGUUUAUACAUGUCAGGGUGAAACAAGAUGAGGGGAGAUAGCUUUCUUUCUUCCCAGUUCUAUACAAUAUGUUACACAAAUUGCUGUAAUCUGUGACUUGAUGAUGCAUAAAGAUUAUCUUCAAAGAUUCUUAUUUCAGUAGUAAAAACUAAGUAAAGCAAGAGAAGGGUAAGAGCAUGAAAAGCCAGGAUUCUUCAGCUGACUAAUUCCUCUUCAUUAAAAUGACUGAUUUCCAAAGGUGAAAAGUAUCAAAAUAAAUGUUUCAACUAUGAAGGACCUUGUUUGUGAAGCUUUCAGAAGAAUUUGCACACUAACAUUUUAGAAAGCUGAUACACUAGGUUUUAAGUACUUGCAACAGAAACUUUACAGCUAUUAAAAUGGUACUGCAGUAGGAAUUAUGGCAACUCAUCCUUUUUUAAUUUAAUGCAAUUUUGAGUGAGACUGUAUAGAUCAUUGAUGAAGCAGUAUAAAGUACCUUAGCAGCUACUUAAACAUAAUUAUUGAAGCUUAUUUGAAUUAUCAGAUUACUGCAACGUGCUAUGUGUUCCCAAUGUAGUGAAGCGAAAACAGUCCAGGAGGGAUUUUUGAUUUUUCAGAUUCCUUUGCCUUAGGAACAGCUUGAUCUCCUAAUGCAGCUGUGCUCCUUCUUUUUGGCCAGAUGUAUGUAAUGCAGUAAGAAAUUACUGAGGAAAUAAUUUCUUGCAGUGUACCUGAAAUACUUACACAUAACUGAAAUCUAUGCAGUCUCUUUUUGUGGAAGGAAAAUGAGAUUUAACUCCUACUGUCAACCUCAAGGCUCUGUACAAUUUUAUGCCUUAGGAAGUAUAUUUUUUACCUUUGGAAUCUUAAAUGGCUGAAAUUUCAAUAAACCUAAUCAGUAACUGAAACACCAUUUAGAUAGGCUUUUAGUAUCUGUUACUUCUAGCUGACUUGGUGCCUGUGCUGUGGUGGUUAUACAGUAUAGACUUGGAAUUCCAGGUGCUGCAGUUCGGGAUAUAAAUGUGAUAAGGUUUCGUUAAUAGCUUGCCUACUAGACUUAAAUUAUCUGAAUUUAAGAAUUUUUUUGCACACCACGAGACUUUAUGAAACUACUUGUAUCCUGUUAAAGUACAAUAAAAGCCAGCAAUUAGUUUGUGUUUUUAGGCUUUCUGGGGUAACCCAUAUUACAGGUAUAGAGCAUCAUGAUAAGGCUCGUGAGUUAUCUAUGCAUGGCUAUACUUUAGUCUUAAUAUACUGUAGUGCCUGGUAGAGUAAAUGUAGCUAGCAGUGGAUCCUGGGGGACUAGCAGGAGUUUACAAACUAAGUACCGUUGGUUGCAUGAAACUAUAGGUCAAACCAGGAUUAUUAAAGUACGAUUUCUGGAGGUAGCACUGCAAUGCAAGGCGCAUUAGGAAAUUUUUAAAAAGUUGUAGUUCUUUGCCAAUAAACUUAGUGUAAACCCAGU